GAGCACCGGAAGUGUCGCAGGAGAAGAAGUGUGUUACAGCUGUAGUGUGUAAUGUCGCCCCCAGCGGCCGGAGAGUGGAACUACAACUACAGCUGCUCACAAUUCAUAUGUGCUCGACAGACAGGAUCUCCACCCAGUGUGCUGAUUGGCUGUUGGUCCCUCAGAGGGCAGAGCCUGGGUCUUUAAAUGUACUGAGCUCUUCAGUAGUUAGUUCAGUAGAGCAAACAGAGUUACACGACGCACAAGUCAGGAACCCGAGACGUUUUUAGCAGCAUGGCCUGGUUUGUACACACGUUGAUGCGUUUCCUGACAGCACUGCUGAUGAUGAUCAUGAUGGAGGCCGAGGCGACAUACGGACCGUACAGAUUUAUCCAGGACAGACCUGCAGCGAGACGCAGACCACUGACCUACAGCAGACCUGCUCAUGGAAACAUCAUCAAUGGAGCUCAUGCCAUUAACCCCAGGUUUUACGGGAAUUUCCAUCAUCGGCCGCCUUGGAAGUGGCCCGUGUUCCCCCACCACCGACCCGUCUUUCCUGUCCAGCCUCCAGUUGUGCCAGUGGUGCCACCAAAGCUAACGCUAACCAAGCCGUGCGUCACAGCGCCACCCACAGUGCCCACUCCAACCGUAACCACAACUCCAGCCCCUCCUCCCGCUUUAUCCACCACGACGCCCAUCACCCUGCCGCUCAGUACCCUGAGUGCCACCACUCCCCCUGCUGCUCCUCCCACUCAUCCAGCUCCGGCAGAGGUGUGCAAGAGCCGCCCGCUGGACCUGGUGUUCGUCAUCGACAGCUCUCGCAGCGUACGUCCUGCCGAAUUCGAGAAGGUCAAAGUGUUCCUCUCGGACCUGGUGGACACGCUGGACGUUGGCGUCGAUGCCACGCGUGUCGGAUUGGUCAACUACGCCAGCACGGUCAAUAUCGAGUUCCUCCUGAAGACGUACGCCAACAAAGCGGAUCUCAAACGUGCCUUCUCUCGGGUCGAGCCGCUCUCCACCGGGACCAUGACCGGCUUGGCCAUCAAAACGGCGAUGGAGCACACGUUCACCGAAGAGUCCGGCGCUAGGACGGCGAAUAAAAACAUCCCGAAGGUGGCCAUCAUCGUAACGGACGGGCGGCCGCAGGACAAAGUGGAGGAGGUGUCGGCUUCAGCGAGGGCUCUCGGGAUCGAGAUCUACGCCGUCGGAGUGGACAGGGCCGACAUGAAAUCUCUGCAAGCGAUGGCGAGCCAGCCGCUGGACGAUCACGUGUUCUACGUGGAGACGUACGGCGUGAUCGAGAAACUCACGUCCAAGUUUAGGGAAACUCUCUGUGGCAUCAAUGCAUGUGCCCUCGGACACGACUGCGAGCACGAAUGCGUGAACAACUACAACUCGUACUACUGCGAGUGCAGAGAGGGAUAUGUGCUUAACCCGGACAAGAAAACAUGCUCACAAGCCAAGGAGGCUCGUGGUGAUUUGGUGGAGGAACCGUGUAUGUGUGAAGCUCAGAUCGCGUUCCAGAGGAAAGUCCAUCACAGUAUUAAAGAGAUAAAUGGCAAACUGGACGAUCUUUCAAGAAGAGUCGAUCAGUUCCAGCUGCGCUGAAUCCGCACACUCGCGUGAUGGCGUUGUCGCUAAUACUCAGCAGCUCGCCGCUCUCUUGUAGCCGAGCCUAUUAGACGUUCCUCUUUCCUCUGCUGCUUUGCAUUUAUCUUUCAAAAAGCAUGUUAACCUAAAGUAACCCAGUUAACUACCGUUAUUGUUUACUUGGAGUAGACUGAAAUCGAUCAUAUAUAAAAACUUGGAUGCAGUAGACUCAUUAAUGUUUGCCCAGUCUCCUUUUAUUUUGUAAAAAUAAAAGAUUUAGAGAACCUCAUGAAGGUUUGUUUUUGUUUUAUUUUAGGAGAAAUAUUUUUUUCUCUGGGAAAGAUUCAAUCUAAUGUGUGAUGUUCCCUCUGUUUGUGAUUCUUUGUAUAGAUUUUUUUUAGGUAAUAAAAAUGGCUUGUGAAACAUUUCUGUCGUUAUUCUAUCAUUGCAAAGAGACUGAUUUAUACUGUAUAACGUGUGUCCUACAUACUGUGGAAACACCCUAGCAACCACAUGGGAUACCAUGACGACCACCUAGCAACACACUAACAACCACCUGG